CCUGUCCGGCGAAAGUUUUGCUCACGGCCUUAACACAAAAGAAAUGACGAGCGGUAUCGGCAAACACAAGAUAGUGAAUGUGGGGCCGACAGAGCCAUGGUCAGUCAGGGAGAAACUGUGCCUGGCCUCCUCUGUUAUGAGGAGUGGAGACCAAAACUGGGUGUCUGUAAGCAGAGCCAUCAAGCCUUUCUCAGAGCCCGGCCGUCCACCUGACUGGUUCUCACAGAAGCACUGUGCCUCACAAUACUCCGAGCUGCUCGAGGCCACAGAAGCACCAAAGCGAAAGCGUGGUGAGAAGGGUGAGGUGGUGGAAACCAUUGAAGAUGUCAUCGUUCGUAGGCUAACCACAGAGAGGAUAGAGGAGCUGAAAAAGCUACUGCGGGACACACAGGAGAAGUACAGGAAGUUGAAGAAGGAUGUGGAUAUGAUUCAGACGGGUCACAUGGACUCCCAGCUGAAGGAGCAGUUGGCAGACAUAACACUAAAGAAGAAGCAGGCUGAGGACGAAGCAGAACAGAAAAGGAAAGCCACAGAAACAGCGUUUCAAGCUCGUCAGGCGAUGAAGAACACGCCUAAGCGUCUGCCCAGUGUGACCGUGCGUUCUCCUCUGGGUGCCAGCCCCCCCACCAUGGACUCUCAGAUCGACUCUUCAAUCCCCAUGGCGUCCCUGGAUACAGAAAGUGUGGCCUCCGAUGACACCACCCCCACCUCCACCCUCUCAGUUGCACAGGGGGUCGGGGGGUUUCUCCCUGCGGUGGAUGCGUCAGGGCCCAAAGACGGAGGCCUGGUCGCUCUGAUGGACGACUCCCCGCAGAAGAGGCUCCUCGCCCAGAAGUCCACGCCGCCGCCCUCGCCUCUCCUGUCAGAACUGCUGAAGAAAGGCAACCUCAUCUCAGCCAGCCCCCGCCUGGUUGGAGAGACAGACUCUGCAGGGAGCCUCACCAACGGAGUACAGACAGCCACUGUAGCCACUGCCUUACCACCGGCUCAUGAUGUCAUCACAGAGGGUGAAGCAGAAGCUGCAGUGAAGGCGGAGCUUGGGGAGGAGGUGGGGCUAGUGGAAGAGGACCUCGUCGCUGUGUCCUACAUGGGAGACGAACUGGACCUGGAGACCGUCGGAGACAUCAUCGCCAUCAUAGAGGAGAAGGUGGAUGACUCUGUGGAGGUGUUGGAUGCAGCAGCAGUGGAAGCCGCUCUCUCUCUGUGUGAAGAGGCCGGCUCAGAGGGACACACCCUCCCCGGCCCCUGGGAGACCCAGGCCUCAGACGCAGGGCCCUCUGUCCCAGACUCUGACCCCUCUCAGGAGCCUCAGGAUGGGGCCGCGAUGUCGGCCCUGAUGCCUGCAGGCAUGGAGAGCCAGAGUCAAGCUGAGGCUAAAAGACAACAGCAGCUAAAGGGAAACUGUGAGGGACCGGAGGCAACAGGAAGUGAUGUCACUUCUUCUGUCACCUCUGACGACUGUGCGACAGGGAGUGAGGUCAUGGAGGAGGGUGCAGCGGGGAAGGAUCCAACUGAAGCCACGAUCAAAAGUGAAGGCGAGGAAUGGAGCCAGCCUGAGCCCAACCCCCCCUGCCUCGACUCUGAGGACAGCUCUGUGUCCGGGAGAGAGUCCAAGGAGGUGAAGGAGGAGGAGGUGGGGAGUGAUGGCGACCCAGACGAGGGGAUGGAGCUGAAGGAGGAGUGUGGGGAGGGGGAGGGUCCCUAUCUGUCCGAGGUGGAGCGGGCAGCCAGCGAGAGUGAGGACGGGUACGGCCCCCCCUCCCAGCGCUACACUGCGGACUCUCUGGCCAGCAGCCCGGCCUCUUCCUCACAACUCUCUACCUGUGGAGAGGACCAGGAGGCGGUGCAGGCCCAGAAGAUCUGGAAGAAAGCCAUCAUGCUGGUGUGGAGAGCCGCAGCCAACCACAGGUACGCCAGUGUCUUCCUGCAGCCUGUGUCAGAUGACAUCGCCCCUGGCUACCACAGCAUUGUACACAGGUAAGACCACA